AAGCAAUCCUUUCUUUGUAAAUAUGGACGAUUCGUCUGAUAUAUAAAAUAUUUUUAUUGUAUCUCCGACCGCUUGUGGUAAAGCCUUAUCCAAGGCGCGGUUAAUUUUUCGUAAAAAUUUCAAAUUUUAUGAAUGCCGGCUAAGAAGAAACCCAAAAUUUUACAUAAAUUGCCUGAAAAAUUUCCUGCGAAUGAAAUAUUAACAGAUUUAGUUGGAAAUAAAUGGAAAUUAGGUGUUCAAAUUGGAAUAGGAGGCUUUGGUGCUAUUUAUUUAGCAAUUCCUCAUUUAUCUCAAUCUAAGACCAAUUUAGAAUAUGUUGCCAAAAUUGAACCUUUUAACAAUGGACCAUUGUUUACAGAGAUGCAUUUUUAUCAAAGAUGUUGUAAAAGAGAACAAAUUGAAGAGUGGAUACAUAAUCACAAUAGUGUCAGGAAGAUUUUAUCCUUAGCGAUUCCCUAUUACAUAGCUUGCGGUAGUCACACCUUAGCCUCCUCACAAAAUAAAUAUAGGUUUUUGAUCAUGGAAAGAUUUGGACCAGAUUUGGAGAAGACCAUUUUUAAUCCCAAUGUUCACAACAAGUGUAAUGCUAACUUAAGGUCUAUGAUAUGUCAUAUAGCGAUCAGAUUGCUUUAUGCUCUCCAAUACAUUCACGAAAAGGGGUAUGUUCAUUCUGACAUUAAAGCCUCGAACAUUGUUCCUGGAAUUAGCAAAUCACAUUUACAUCAAAUAUUUUUGUUAGACUAUGGCUUGGUGUCAAAAUACAAGUUUGAAGGCGAAAAACACAAAACUUUUAAAAUCGAUAAUAAGAAAGGUCACGAUGGAACCGUAGAGUUUACUAGUAUCGAUGCCCACAAUGGUACAGAACCUUCAAGAAGAUCAGACUUGGAAGUUUUAGGCUACAAUUUGUUAAGAUGGAGUGUAGGGAAACUGCCUUGGGAAACCAAUACCUUCACAAACAAUCCAGAAUUAGUUAUGAAAGAAAAAAUCAAAUAUCUCAAAAAUAUACCAUUGUUGAUGAAAGCCUGUUUUAAAAAUAAUCCAUUUCCUGUUGAAAUUCAAAAAUACUUUCAAUACUUCAAUCGCUUGAAAUACGAGGAGAUGCCAGAUUACGAACUUUUAAGAGAAGAUAUUUUCAACGCGACUCUGAAGCAAACAUUUAAAAUAAACUACAAAGACGACUUUUUUCGGCCUUCUAAUUCUUCAAUUCAAGUUGAAAACUUCAAGAAACCUCCUACUGUCGUUAAGAUACCCUACGCCAAACCUGGUAAAUCAACUGUUCCACAUGUCAUAGUUAAAAAUGAACCAAAAUUAAACCAUAAAAGACCUUUGAUAUUGUCUAAAUCAUCGUCAAAUAGUGAAACGGAUGAAUUAUCCGAAGACUCUAAUUUUGGUGGUGGGGCUCCUUCAACAUCUAGAAUCCCUCCUAAUAAAAACAUAAAAAGUGAUUGCCUUCCGCACUUUAACCACCUUUCUUUACCAAGAUCAUUUAUCCCCCCAAAACUACCUUCACUUAUAAACAACAAAAAGCACAUGAGAAAAAAACUUAUAUCUCCUCCCUCAUAUAAGAAUGUUGCAUUAUUUACCCGAUAUAAUGGCGUGCCUAAGCCCAAAUCACAUAACACUAACCACAACAAAAAUGUGAUAGAUUGUAAUCAGACUAAAUACAUGACUCCACCCGAAGAAUUUUCUACUACCCUUAAGAAUAAUUUUAUGAGCAAAGAUUCCGUUAGACGAAGCCCUAGGUUCAAUCAUAGUUCCUGCGACUCUUUGUUUUCAAACGAUAUUAGUGUUUUAAGAUGAAUUAUAACAGCCUUUUUUGUUCGCAAA